UGGUGCCUCUGAUGUGGACCGCGCCCGCCCGCCAUGACCGCGACCUGGCGACCGUCGGCGAGGCUUGACGCUCAGCUGCGCGACCUGUCGCAGCGCUGGCGUCGCUGCCUCGCCUCUCUGCUCCUCUUCACAAUCAUCCUGACCAACAACUUCGGAGUCUCCAGCUCGGAGGCGGCGGCCAGCGCGCCCCGCGCGGUGCCGUCGGCUCCUGCCAGCAUGACAGACGUCGCAGCCAAGCCCAGCCUAACCCAGUGCCUUUCCGCCAGUGGGGGUCGUUGCCAAAGUGAACAAACCUACAACGCGUCGCAGGAGUGCUCGUGGCUGCAGAAGAUACGAGAACACCGGCUGGCUUAUUGUUAUAAAAUCAAUUUAUGGCAUUCGUUGAACAGCACCGUUCGUAAACUCUCCAGUUGUUUGGAGAACAGCUUUCGUGGGCAUAUAGACUACUUGGAGACGCUUGAUAGGCAAGUGGGUAUAAUGUACACCAAUUUUGAAAAUAUUAUAGACCGACUCGACUGUGGAGACCGCUACUCCGUGAUUUAUAACUGCUCCCAGUGUAAGGAGGCGUACCUGGACUGGUUGUGCUCCAUGUACAUCCCGUACCACAGCGAGGAGGGCCGCCUGCUCCGGCCUUGUCGCAGCCAUUGCCAGCGCGUGCAGCGGGUGUGCCCGUUCUUCCUGCCGUCGGAGAGGUCCCCGGCCGGCACCCAGUACGCCGGCGAGCCAGCCUUCUUCUGCGACGACCCAAACAUUCCCGACAUCGUUCCGUUCACGACGGGCUCCCAGUACGGCGACGAGGGCUGCUGCUACGACUCGUGCUGCCUGGAGCCGGUGCAGCCCGAGUGUCGACCGGGCGACUGCCGCGCGCGCGCCGCCUGCCCCGACCGCCAGCCGACGCCGGGCGUCAGCUGGCGCCACACGUGGCCUCCUCCCGACUCGCACCGCCUCAGCGUCCUCCAGAGACACUCGCCGGCCGACAAGGUGCGAGUGAGAAACCAGAACGAAAGGCUCACGCAGUAG